GCUUCCCUCAAAAUUCUCCAAAAUGGAGCCUCUCACAACUUAUCCUUUAAAAUGUUCAGUGCCCAAAGCAAGGGUAUUUGUUGUUUUCCUGUCGAUGGUUUUGUGUACAGUAAUGCUCUGUCUGUUGCAGCUCAAAUUCUUAAAACCUAAAAUCAAAGAUUUUUAUUCUUUUGAAGUGAAGGAUUCCAGAGGGAGGACCGUUUCUCUGGAGAAGUACAGAGGCAAAGCGUCUUUGGUUGUAAACGUGGCCAGUUACUGCCAGCACACAGACAAAAAUUACAUCGCACUGCAGGAAUUACACAGAGAGUUUGGUCCAUCCCACUUCACUGUGCUGGCCUUCCCGUGCAAUCAGUUUGGAGAAUUGGAGCCUAGCUCAAGCCAGGAAAUAGAAUCUUUUGCCAAGAGAAACUAUGGAGCAACUUUCCCUAUUUUCCACAAAAUUAAGAUUCUGGGAUCUGAAACAGAACCUGCAUUUAAAUUUCUGAUAGAUUCUUCAAAGAAAGAGCCUAGGUGGAAUUUCUGGAAGUAUCUUAUCAACCCAGAAGGUAAACUUGUGAAAUUUUGGACACCUGAAGAGCCAAUAGAAAACAUCAGGCCAGAAGUAGCAUCCCUGAUCAGGCAGAUCAUCAUGAAAAAGAAAGAAGAUCUCUGAAAAGGCCAUUCAGUCUGUGAACUCAUUUUACCAAAUGUAUAGACAAUCUUAAUACAUUCCUGUUAAAUGAUGCUAGAAGCUAGACCAUCAAGAGUUUUAAUUUCUGUUUGGUUUUAAUGGCAGUACUGAGAAUGAUUAUAAAUUAUUUAAGCAGUAAUAUAGGGCCCAAUCUUGCAACAUGCUGAGCGCCAAUAAAGUCAAUGAGAGUUGCAAGGCACUCAGCACUUUGCAGGAUCAGACCCUUAGUUUGGCAUAAAGUUGCUAAUGUUCCCUGUAAGUUCCCACUGCUGCCAAUGGUUAAUAAUGUCACCAACAUGAAAAUGCUU